AUGGCUGACGAGUACGCAGACUUGAAGCUGAUGUUGCAGCAGCAGCUGAAGCUAAUGGAAGCACUUACCGUUAAGCUGUCCAACUCGUCCAUGGGUCAUUCAAGUGCGACUGGUGGUUCGCAAUCUGUUGAUCACAUUGCCGGCAGCAUCACGGAAUUCUUGUAUGGCCCGCAGGCCCAUAUCACCUUUGAUUCCUGGUACAAACGAUACGAGGACUUGUUCUCUGUCGAUCUGGCUGCCCAGGACUAUGCAUGGAAGUUUCGACUCCUACUUCGCAAACUGGGUCCGGCUGAACACGAGCGUUAUGCAAACUUCAUCCUCCCCAAGAAUCCCCGAGAGGUCGCUUUCAAGGACACGGUUGAGACAUUGUCGCAGAUUUUUGGUGAUCAAUCAUCCCUUUUCAACACUCGAUUUCAGUGCCUGCAGCUGUGCAAACGCGAUUACGAUGAUUUUAUCACGUAUGCGGGCAUUGUCAAUCGUAAGUGUGGGCGUUUUCAACUCGGUUCUCUUACUGAAGACCAGUUUAAAUGCCUUAUAUUUAUCUGCGGCCUCCAGUCCCCCAAGGAUGCUGAUAUCCGGACACGUCUCCUGUCCAAAGUGCAGCAGAGCAACUCUAUCACACUCCAAGAGCUGGCAGCAGAGUGCCAAACGCUGAUCAAUCUCAGGCACAACUCUGCAAUGAUUCAGAACCCUGCCUCAUCUUUCUCAGUCCAUUCGGUCACAUCGACCAAAUCGCGGCCCAAGCAAGUGUCCAAGGCGAGAUCUCCGCCAUCCCCUUGUCGGCACUGUGGCGCGUGGCAUUUCCACCGGGAUUGCACUUUCCGCCAGCAUCGCUGCCAAAGCUGUAAUCAGGUGGGACACCGUGAUGGGUUUUGCAAAUCAGUACCAACUUCUGGAGGCAAGCCGACCCCCGCCAUUCCUAAUUCCAGGCAUCGUUUCCGGCCAAAACGCAAGUCCAAACUCCAGUCCGUUAGUAAUUCUCAGAGUCUCUUGGCCGCUUUCCAGCUCAAUGUGUCUGGUCGUAUAAAAUUUGUUGACGUUCUGCUCAAUGGCCAUACAGUUCGCCUACAGUUGGACACUGCCUCAGAUAUCACCAUCAUCUCUGAGAGACUCUGGCAGUCCCUUGGCAGCCCCACGAUCUAG